ACUUUAAUGUCUGUAUCACACAAAAUAUAUACGGAGAAAGAAUGAAUGUUUUAGAUACAUCCCCAAUGGCAACACACAGAAAAAAGCAAGAAAACAAACAAAGAUAACGAUAUUUUCAGAACAAUCCACAAUCAAACACCAUAAUUCUAAUUAAAUUUAGUCCAUAUGGUUUGCUUUUCUCUUUGUAAUCAAUGAUUCGAAUAAAUUAUGGUAAUAUUUGAAGAACAAUUAUCAAAACCAAUAACAACAACAACAAUGUCGUCAAAUAAUAAUCAAGAUGAUGAUAAUCAAACACAAAUAAGCAACGAUACAACGACGAUAAUAACGAAUGUAAAACUUAAACAACAACAACAACAUCAAUCAGUUUUCAAUCAUCAUUUAAAUGGUUUUCAUUCAAAAAAUGAUGAUGAAGAAUUGAACGAAGACCAGCUACAAACGAAUAUCUGUUCGAAUCAAACUGUGAUGAAUCAUAAUAAUAAUAAUAAUAAUAUUGAUUCGAAUUCGAACAAAACCGAACAACAUAUCGAUACCAUCGAUAAUCAUCAACAAGAAAAUGAUCAGGAUGAUGAUGAUUUUGCCGAUUUUGCAACGUUUAUGCCCGAUUCGAAUCAAAAAAAUGAUGAUGAUGAUAAUUUCGAUGAAGAUUUUGAUGAUUUUGCCGAUUUUACCACCACCACCGCCAAUGUUCCAGAGCCAAUCGUCACUGAUGAUGAUAAAAACAUAAAAACAUUGAAAAAUUCUCGACAAUUAAUUGAAGAUACAUUUCCAAUCAAAACUUCUUCAAUCUACGAUGAUGAACGAUUAUCAAUUGAUUUUUUUGAUAAAAAAUUCUGUGAUCCAAAUGCACAACAAUUAUGGAAUAAUCUUCAACAAUUAGAUUUAAAAUUAAAUUUUCAUUUCAAUAAAUGGAAACAAUCAUCAUCAUUUAAACAUCUAAUAGAAUCAUUAAAAAUUGAUUCACGUAAUGUGAUUCCACCGGAUAUUUUUCCAUCAACCACCAACAUUACUUUGAAUCAAAUUUUACAACCAACAGCAUAUGAUUAUUCAACAACAACAACAACAGCGACAAAAAUUGAUGCGAAUGACGAUGAAUGUAAUGGAUUAACAAUGGCGGAUGUAUUCUGUAAAACAAACGUAAACAAAAAUCAUUUAACAACAAAAAUCGAAUCAUCAACAACAACAGCGGAAUCAUUGGAAUGGCCAGCUGAUCAUUCGAUGACGACAUUGCCAUCAACAACGACAACAAAUCAAUCAAUGUUGUGUAAUAAUUUAGCUCAAGAUUUAGAUUUUUUUGAAACUAAAUAUGUAAGCAACAACAACAACAUUUCCAAUGUUAAAAAUGAGGAUCAUCAUCAUCAUAAUCUUAUUGCAGAAUUUGAUGAAUUUUUGAGGAUCGAUACUGAAUCAGCGAUUGUCAACAACAAUGAAAUUUCAACCAAAUCAACAACAAACAAAACAAUAAAUCGAAUGAAUGAACAAGUUUUAAGCGCUGAAGCAUUACAAAUUCUUAAUGAAUUACCAACACUUUCAAUGAUGAGAUCGAAAAUUUUAUCAUAUCCAAUGUUGAAUAAUCGUCAAUGUCGUUCCAAUUCAAAUUCACCAUCAUCAUCUAGCCAUCAUCAUCAUUCAUAGCAUUUUGUUGAAUGAUCUCAUCAAACAAAAUAAAGCAAAUUACUGUGAUCAACAAUAUUAGAAAAUCAAACUUUUUUUUCGUAAUUUUUUUGUAUUUUAUUUAUAUUUUAAAAAACAUUAUUAUUGUUGUUGUUGUCAUCACAGAAAACAAAAAACGUUCGAAACACAACCGACAUUCCAACAUUUUCAUUCCAAAAACAAAACAAUUUUCUUUUCUUUCUGUCCAUUUCAACAAAACCUAGUCAAGAUUUCUUUUUUUUCCUGCAUUUAAAAUAAUUCAAAAUUUUGUUUUUAAAAAAUAAAUUUUGUUCUUCAAAUUUUCAAAUAAUGAAAAAGUGCAUGUUGUGU